UUGGUCGCCAUCUAGCGGCGUUCCCCGGUACGACUCUUGCCAGCUUGUUCGCUGUCAAUAAAGCUGUGUGAGGCCCUGUGUCCGGAGCGUCCUUGUGUCAUGGCGGAGUAUAAGGACAGUCGUUACGCCAGCCGGCCGGCGGAGUUGGAUCCGGCCCAGUAUUUUGGGCUGAGCCAGGAGAAGAGGAAGUUGCAGGAGGAGAGGGUCGCCGUGCGGUCCCGGCUGAAGAGAGACUACCAACUACAGCUCAAUGACCCCCUGAGGAAGGGCUCGGUGCCAGACCCGGCGGUAGAGCGUUGGAUGUUUUCUCGCAAUUACAACAUUUACCCCAACUUCAGAGCGACCCCCAAGAUGUGUCUCCUGGGAGCCGUGUGCACGGUGGGGCCCAUGCUGUUCCUCUACACCCUCAUAAGCUGGGAUCGGAAGCGGGUGCUGAAGAUGUACGAGGAUGGAACGUACAGCAGUCCGUGGGGAUCCAACUUCUGA